AUGCCUGAAAAACGCGAGAAGGUUCGUGAGAUUCCGACGGUGGAGGGAACGCUGCGACUUAGCGAGACGUUAACGCCGUACAUCACUCUGGAGAACCUCGAGCGAUGUCCUUCGUUUGCGUGGAAGCAAAUGAUGGGCACGCGAGCGAGACGCACCAAGUUUGUGUGCAUCAACGACGACAUGAAGAACCCGUCAACUGCGGUGAGUCAGAUCCUGCACGAACUCUUCCUGUCCAUUUGGCCCAAACGCUCGCAGUUCGAACUGCCGUAUCACCUCAAGAACCGCUACGCACACAUCGACGAGUUCACCGCCGCACAGGAGCGUCGUCAUGUUGCAGCAGCCAUUGAAGAUAUUGCUCGGGCUCGUGCAGCUUCGGCGUCGCAACUUACUCAAGACUUCCAGCACACUCAGGAAGAUAAAGAAGACAAGGUAGAUGAGUCAGCUUCACCAACGAGUAAGUGGCGUUCAAGGAAGGCGUCGGCCUAG